CAAGAACACUACAAACGACAACUAAAAAAAAUCACAUUUUAGCUAAUUUACAAGAAGAAGAUUGAUACCAAAAUGUCGAAAACGUUCAAAGCCAUAAGAGACCGGACAUAUUCAGGUGUAGGAGACCUCAUCAAGCUCCUCCCGACAGGAACCGUCUUCUUGUUUCAGUUCUUAAACCCUGUGCUAACCAACAACGGACAUUGCCUCCUCAUCAACAAGUACUUCACCGGAGCUCUCAUCGUUGUCUGUGCCUUCUCUUGUUGCUUCACUUGCUUCACCGAUAGUUACCGAACAAGAGAUGGUUACGUUCACUAUGGUGUAGCUACCGUGAAAGGUCUCUGGCCAGAUUCGUCUUCAGUGGAUUUGUCUUCGAAACGUCUUAGAGUUGGAGAUUUCGUUCACGCUUUCUUCUCUCUUAUCGUGUUCAGUGUUAUUUCCUUGUUGGAUGCAAACACUGUUAACUGUUUCUACCCUGGCUUUGGUUCCACUGGAAAGAUCUUUCUCAUGGUUUUGCCUCCGGUCAUUGGAGUUAUCUCCGGCGCUGUUUUCACUGUGUUCCCUAGUAGACGUCAUGGAAUUGGGAACCCUUCGGACCACAAUGAUGAUGAUAUUGCUUCCGAGAUGAAGUGAUAUACAUGCAUGUGUCGUCGUUUCAUGGACUGGCAAAUACUAAAAAUGUAUAAAUAAUAAUUGUUCUAAAUCUUUAAAUUGUUUUUUUAAUGAUUUAUUAUGUUGGUGAGUUCUUCUGAUCAUAUGUGUUGUGUAAUGUGUGCGUGUGUGUUUUAUUUCAUUUUUUUUUUGUUUUUUUUUUACACAUUUGUUUGUUGAUAAAAUGAAGGUAAUAAAACAUAUAUUUAGUGAACCAA